AUGGCUAGAGGUCAUGAUAAAAAGAAGAAGAAGAAGGGGAUAUCCAACACAGUCAUUGCCCCUGUUGAGGAUGACUUGCCUGAGCAACCCACGGACCUAGUUAUUCCAGAGCUCGAAGAGUAUACCCAGGUAGAUGAAUGUCCUUAUACGACUCCCAUCAUCACAUUCAUGCUCAACAACAACUACUACAGGAUUCCACAACAGUACCUCCGACCAUAUAAAACUUUGCAAUUCGAACCGGAGGUUAUGCACCAAUGCUGGGGCAGUGAGCGUCAUCAUCACCAGCUGUACAUUGAGCCGCAAAGUGCCCAUACCUUCAUUCAUUACUUGUACACUGGACAGUAUGAGACACUCAAGACGCCACUCAACAUCCCUCAGUCGGCGGAUGACAUCCCCACAACGCUCAACACUCGUGAUAGAGAAGAGUUCCAGCGUGCAGCCUAUGUAUAUCAGGCUGCCGUUCGGUACGAGAUCCCAGGGCUACUAAGCAUGGCGCAGCACUUUAUGGCCCGAUUUGCCGAGAGAUUGUCAAUAGACGAUAUUCUACGUGCCAUAAGAUGUGUGUACAGCAGCCUUCUCGAUGAACAUUAUGGACGCACGUGGCUUGAGGAUUUUGUUCGAGACCAGUUGGAUGUGGCAUUUAUAAACACGGAUGGAAAGCUGCGUCAAAUCAUUAGGGACUAUGGAGUUGGAAAUAGUGGAAGCUUCGAUAAUUUCGUUGUUGAUGAGGUCUUGGCACUCUACGAAAGGGAGCGAGACAGGAUGAAGAGCUUGGGCAAUUUGAGGGGAGAUCAUGAGCCUGUACCUGAUCCGAUAAUUGAGUCUGACUGUGAGCCUGAGCCUGCUUGUGAGCCUGAGCCUGCGUAUGAGCCUAUGCCUGCGUAUGAGCCUGAGCCUGAGCCUGAGCCUGAGCCUGAGCCUGAGCCUGAGCCUGAGCCUGAGCCUGAGCCUGAGCCUGAGCCUGAGCCUGAGCCUGAGCCUGAGCCUGAGCCUGAGCCUGAGCCUGAGCUUGAGCCUGAGCUUGAGCCUGAGCUUCCGUGUGACCAUGCAUGUGAUCAUGAGCCACUAUUAGAACCCAUUGAAGAAGAGCCAAGACAACCUUCAACUCCAGAACCGGAGCCAGAGCAAGCAGAGCCUACUCCUGAGCCUGAAUUUAUAGCUCCUGGAAUACCCUUUCACCCUCUCUAUUCGGACUGGGACGGACUCGGAUACAAAGAGAGGAAGAAACGGGAGAAAAAUUUGAUAAAAAUGGGAUAUCCUAUCCCCAGGAAAGAUUUCGAACUCCCUCUUCCGGAAUGUGAACCUCCUGCUUCAGAACCCGCAUUUGAGGAUGAUUGGGACAACUGGCCGUCGACCUCUUCCAAGAAGAAGAAGGAUAAGAAGAAGAAAAAGAACAAUCAGGAAUUAUCAUCUUUAAUCAUCCCGGGUAACGAUUUCGGAUCACCUAUCCCAACUGAUGAGUGUCCUCCUCCUCAAGAAUUUGAACCUGAGCCCGUGCCCGAGCCCGAACCCAUGCCCAAGUCCAGCUCAUCUUCUGGGUCCUGGGAGAUGCCAAACUCCAGCUACGAUGGAUAG